CAAUUUCCCAUCUACAAGACAAGACACCUCAACAAUUAGAUAUAAUAAUGCAAUUUAUUUUAAUUUUAUUCUUAGCUCUUCCCAUAAUCCUCAUCCUCUACUUCAAAACACAAAACCCUAAGCAUGCCAAACAAGAACUCCCUCCACCGGGCCCACCGCGGCUGCCGUUCAUCGGCAAUAUGCACCAAUUCGACGGCAGAUCCCCGCACACGUACCUCCACCGCCUCUCGAAGCAGUACGGCGCCGUCAUGUCCCUCAAGCUCGGAUUCCGGCGGCUCGUCGUGAUCUCCUCGGCAGAGGCAGUGAAAGAGGUCAUGAAAUCGCACGACGCCGUUUUCUCGAGCCGGCCGGCUCUCGCCGCUCUCAGGAGGCUGUCGUACGACGGCCUCGACUUUGCGUUCUCGCCCUACACGGAGACGUCGAAGGAGAUGAAGAAGAUCUCCACCGUGCAUCUCUUUAACACGAAGCAAGUUCAAACUUUUCUUCCAAUUAUGAGAGAUGAAGCGUCGAAGAUGGUGGAGAAGAUAGCUAGAGACGCCUCUUCAUCGGCCGCCACAGAUUUGAGUGAGACGAUAAUGUCGUUUGCUGCUAACACCGUCGCUAGAAUUGUAUUAGGGAAGAGCUAUGGAAAUUUCUUCCACCUUCUUCACGAUGCAGAGGCUGUUCUUGGGGAUUUAUUCAUGGAGGAUUUCUUGCCUUGGCUUCGAUGGAUUGAUAAUCUCUCUGGAAUGGCGGCGAAGCUGGACAAGAUUUUUCAAGACAUGGAUACUUUCUGUGAAGAAGUGAUUGAAGAGCACAUGAAUCCGAAUAGGCCGAAAUCUAUGGAAGGAGACAUUAUCGAUGUUAUGCUAAGGAUGAAAAGAGAUGGAUCGGCUUCGUUUGAUAUCACACUUGAUCACAUCAAAGCACUACUUGUGGGUAUAAUAAUCGGAGGCGGCGAUGGGACUGCAACUGCUUUAGAGUGGGCGCUGACGGCGUUGAUGAAGAAGCCUUUGUCGAUGAAGAAAGUGCAAGCGGAGAUAAGGCAGUUGGCCGGAAAGAAAGAGAUGAUCGAUGAAGAAGACAUAGAGAAACUGCCAUAUUUGAGGGCAGUUGUGAAGGAGACUUUGAGAUUGUUUCCACCUGGUCCACUUUUACUCCCAAGAGAGACUAUCAAGAAAUGUAGUAUAAAUGGUUAUGAGAUUGAAGGUGGAACAAUGGUGUAUAUCAAUGCUUGGGCUAUUGCAAGAGACCCCACCACGUGGGAAAAUGCAGAUGAGUUCUUGCCGGAGAGAUUCUUGGCGGCUGAGAUCGACGUGAGGGGUCAGAAUCCGAUGGUGAUUCCGUUUGGAUUUGGCCGGAGAGGGUGUCCUGGGAUUGGAAUGGGUAUGUCUGCAAUCGAACUUGCAUUGGCAAAUGUUUUGCACAAAUUUGAAUGGGAAUUGCCUCAUGGAAUGAAGGAGGAAGACAUUGAUUUCGAUUCCGAGCCUGGAUUUGGAUUGCAUAAGAAGAAUGCUCUUCGCCUUGUUGCCAAAGUUGUGAUGUAAAAUAAAAGAAUUUUACCAUAUUUAUGGUAUUCCGACUAUGAAUAUAUAUAUCUAUAUAGUA